ACCAAGUAGCGCUCCUGCAGUCUGCAUUGGAUUACUGAAAGCACAGCGUUAGCGGAAGUAACCCGCCUAGCUCACUGUCAAUCGCUAAGGAAGGCUCAGUCAUCAAGCGCUAUGUCGAACGAGGAGCGGACUUUCAUUGCCAUCAAGCCAGAUGGAGUUCAGAGAAGGCUUGUCGGAGAGAUCAUCAAGAGAUUUGAGCUAAAGGGCUUCAAAAUGGUGGGGAUGAAAUUCAUCCAGGCCCCAGAGUCUCUGCUGAGGGAGCACUAUGCCGACCUGCAGGACAGACCCUUCUUCCCAGGCCUCGUCAGCUACAUGACCUCAGGCCCAGUGGUGGCUAUGGUGUGGGAAGGGUCCAACGUGGUGAAGACGGGCAGAGUGAUGCUGGGAGAGACUAACCCUGCCGACUCCAAACCCGGCACCAUCCGAGGAGACUACUGCAUCCAAGUGGGCAGGAACAUCAUCCAUGGCAGUGACUCAGUAGAGAGCGCCAACACAGAGAUCAAGCUGUGGUUCCAACCUGAGGAGUUGUGUAGCUAUACAAGCUGUUCUAGCAUCUGGCUCUACUGAGGAUCUGAAGGCUUCCAGUUGCCCCUAGGCACCAUCCACCAACCCUUAACCAUUAGCAUUAGGAGGGGGGGGGGUGUAAAACUGACCUUAGAUCAGUGACGACUUCAUCCUACUCUUCCUGGCGACUAAGGACCACACCACUCCCUGUUCACCUUCUGUACCCGUCUGUGAUUGGUCCAUUCCUGGUUCCAUUCAUUCCUCUGGGCGUAGAGUUGUCAUGGUGAAAUAGUUUUUUAUUGUCUGGUUUGUUCAACUUUCCAAUAAAAAAAAACUCACAACCCCA